AUGCCCCCAUCCGAGCCCUUUACCUUUGUCGAAGCCACCACGAAUAUUGCCAAAGAGGGCUUCACCGACUACGUUGAUAUCACCUCCGCCAAAGCAGUAAACGUCGAUGUCCAAUUCGCCGCCCGCUUGCGCGCCCAACACCCCGAACUCACGCUGACAUCCGUACCCGCGAGCAACCUCAAUCUUAUUCGUUUCGCAGACCUUGGCUAUGCCUACUAUGAACUAGAUCUUGAACAUGAUACUGCGAGUCGCCUAAGGGGCUACAUUCCGCCGGGUCCCAAAGGUGAGCCCAGCUUUCUGGCUGAGGUUAUCCAAUAUGCGAAAUAUAACUACAAGUUCGGUGACGAAUAUUUCAUCAUCUACUGGGUACUCCCAGGCUUUGUCCCUGUUCAAUACAUUCUCAAGGAACCCCGUGCCGAUGGCGAGACACCGAACACCAACUCGGUGCUCACUGACAAGCUACUCCAAGCUGCUGGUGAUGCGCUAUACGCUUCCACUAGGCAGCCGGGAAUCUGGGUGUACGAUCGAUACUGGUCCAAGUCUCUGGCCAUGUAUGAGGAGGUUCAGAAAUCCACCUGGGAGAAAGUCAUCCUCGACGAGAACACCAAGAAGUCCUUGACGGAAGUAAGUGACAGGUUCUUUGACAGCAAACAGGUCUACGAAGAUCUCGGGGUACCCUGGAAGCGAGGUCUGCUCUUUCAUGGACCGCCGGGCAACGGCAAGACUAUCUCGAUCAAAGCGCUGAUGCAUACAUUAUCGCGCCGCACCCUGUCCAUUCCAACACUGUACGUGCGAUCGGCCCCAACUACUUUCAGCAUUCAGUCCGUGUUUACUUUUGCUCGGCGCAUGGCACCUUGCAUGCUGGUAUUGGAAGACAUUGAAACUAUUGUCACCUCAGCGACUCGCUCAUACUUCUUCAACGAGGUGGACGGUCUUGACAAUAACGACGGGAUCCUCAUGUUGGCCUCCACUAAUUUCCUCAAUCGCCUUGACCCCGGCUUGAGCAAGCGACCCAGCCGUUUUGACCGAAAGUACCUCUUUCCCCUCCCAGAGCAGCACGAACGCGAGCUCUACGCUCAAUUCUGGCGGCACAAAUUGGAGAACAAGCCUAACGUCGACUUCCCGGAAACCCUCUGCCGUCCUAUGGCCAAAGUCACGAACGAAUUCUCGUUUGCUUACAUGCAAGAAGCAUUUGUUUCAACGCUGCUUGAAAUUGCCAGACGUGACACAGAUGAGACAGCGGAACCCUCCCGCUAUGAUUACGUGGACGAUAUCGAGCGUUAUCUACUGUGGCGUGUCUUCCAGGAGCAGGUCAAGAUUCUCCGUAAAGACAUGGACACCAAAGACUACGCAAGUGACCGUGACGAUAAAGACCUAACCUUCAGACCGCUUGAAAUCGCACCCGCCGAGCGUGAUCUUGAUAGAUCUGUGCUGGCUGUGCCUGGGUCGUUCGAUGCCCAUCAGCGAGAGCCCGACAUCACGACCAUCGAGUCCUUUCCGACCUUUCCGGAAGUUGGCACUGGAAAAAACAUCCAACAGAUCAGCUUCGGCCAAGGUGGCACUGACUCUUCGCUGGCCGCGUGGGGCUAUAACGAUGAAAUCGUACGUCCGCGCUGA